AUGUCGGAAGCAGUCAAGUGCCCAUUGGCACCAGAAUCCUCUAUUGUCAAGCGCCAGGUAGCACCCGCAUGUGCAGAGUUACACCAAGGUGCAGUUGCGUCCGAGCAUCCAUCGGACUCUCUUCCUCCAGUAGCUCCCUCUGCCUUUACUGAAGUGGAUCCUAUUCAGCUGAAGCUAGAUAGCAUUCUAGCUUUACUUAGUAAAGCUCCCAUGACGUCUCAAGUGGCCCGCUAUGGCUCAGGUGCCAGUAGUGUUCUUACAGAACAUGCAGCGUUACAGUCUAAAGAUAAACUUGGCUGUGAUAACCAAAUUUGUGGGGCAGUGCAUGUGUCGUUGUCUCAUUGUAUCAUCUGUUUGUUUUAUGCAGGGUCAGCCAUCCCAAUAAUCAAGGAGGAUCUUGAGGAAAAUGCAGCACUUCAUAAGUGGAGUUCACUUGAGUUGCUGCCCCAUGAUGGAGAUGCUCAUGCUUCUGUUUCAGAAGCAGGAAAUGAAGACAGUAUCUUUUCGCAAACCUUCAUGUCACGGGUAGCGGCCGAGCGCCAUAGUCGUGUAUUAGGGCGUAGCAUGGAAGCUUCUGCUCCAUCUUCCCCGUCCCACUCCCCGUCCCACCAACCUGGCCCUUGUUCAACUACGGUCCUUCUCUUGGUGAUUCAUGCUGGUUCCGUCCUUGACCCUAAUCCAGAUGUAACCAACAAGAGGAGUGAUUUCACAACGUUUCGAGGAGCUCUUGAAUCAGUUAUGCGUCAACACUAUCCUCAAAUGGUUGGCCGUAUAGCGAUAAGACUUGUACCUGCACCUGCAGUCUGCUCAGAUAGUCUCAAUAUUUUGUCUAGCCUCAGCCCUUACGGCUUAGAUUCUUCUCCUGUUUGUGGUGAAGUGUCAGGCGGUGACAAUAUACCAGUAGGUGCAGUUCCGCUCAUGGCCACAACUAUACCUGAAUAUGAGGAAGCCGUAGUACGCACCUUGAAUGCGACCAAUGCUGCUUAUCAUGAAUUUCUGAAGUCUGAAGAAGGGGAAGGAUUUACUGGACAAGUUGGUAUCAUUGGUGACAGUAUUGGUGGAAUUUUAGCAUAUGAUGUUCUCUGUAGAGCCCAUGAUCAACAUAAAUUUGGAAGCAAUAGCAACAUUCCGGAGGGAGAGCCUCCUUCCCCGGUUUUCCUUUUGCCUAAAGGAGACGAUACCGGUGGGGAAUGUGGAGGGCGAAUUUAUCGCAAGUCCAUGAGUAAUGAUGCACCACACCAUCCUGAAGUUCCCCCAUCCCGUUCUGUCUCAGAUUCAACUUAUCACUACAAUAGUCAUCUUACGGCUCCAUUUCCUCGUAGAAGAUCUUCGUCAUCCAGUCCACAGCGCAAGUCGUCCUCAUCAAGUGACCAAGGCCACAGCAAAUUAGACUUUGAAGUGACCGAUUUCUUUAUGUUUGGAUGUCCACUUUCAAUGGUGUUAGUCUACCGUAAAAUGGUUGGCCUGGGAGAUAAGAACUGUGAGUCGGAUGUCAUUCAGCGUCCGGCCUGUCAACAACUGUACAAUUUGUUUCAUCCAACUGAUCCUUUGGCAGUACGAUUGGAACCCUUACUAUCAGCACGGUUCUCUCUACUCCCACCUAUUACUAUUCCAAGAUACACAAAAUAUCCUCUUGGAGACGGCAUUCCUACUCAUUUACUUGAAUGUAUACAGACAAAUGGGGGUGUUUUCCUUGAUGUCAGUGGAGCAACUGGAUCACCUUCAUUAGCGGGUCAUUCCCGGCGUAUGUCUGAUGCUUCUAUAUUAUCCACUGUAUCAGGAAUGGCAGAUACAGUUCCCCUUGCAACAAUAAAGGCCUUAAGCCAGCGUUGGUGGGGUAAUAAGCGGUUGGAUUAUGCAUUAUAUUGUCCGGAAGGUUUAGCCAAUUUUCCCACAAAUUCCCUGCCACACCUCUUUCAUGCAUCAUACUGGGAGUCGUCAGAUGUUAUAGCCUUUAUUCUCAGACAGCUGGUAAGAACUGAUCAUGCUGGUCAAAUGGCAGAUGAGAAGGAUUUACCUGUAUUCUCCCCAACACAGCCGAGAGAAAAAUGGAUUAAGAAGAGAACCUCAGUAAAGAUCAAGAAUGUUGCAGCAAAUCAUAGAGGAAAUGAUGUGAUUGUUCGAGAAGGUGCUCCACAGUGUCUUCAGGCACGCUUCAUGUAUGGACCACUAGAUAUGGUUGCACUCUCAGGGGAAAAGGUGGACAUACAUAUUAUGUCUGAUCCACCUGGUGGUGACUGGCAGCAGAUCAGCACAGAAGUAACAGACAAAAAUGGGCGUAUCACUUUCACCAUUCCUCCUGAAAGAUCUCUCUUAUGUGGCAUGUAUCCAGUCAAAAUGGUUGUCAGAGGUGAUCACACCAGUGCUACUCUAUAUUUGACUGUUGUACCUCCCAAAACCGAAUGUGUUGUGUUCAGCAUUGAUGGUUCUUUUACUGCAUCUGUGUCUGUUACUGGGAGAGAUCCUAAAGUGAGAGCAGGAGCUGUUGAUGUUGUAAGACAUUGGCAAGAGCUAGGGUACCUGAUUAUUUAUGUGACUGGGCGACCUGAUAUGCAGCAGCAGAAGGUGGUGUCUUGGCUUGCCCAACAUAAUUUCCCUCAUGGUCUUGUUUCCUUUGCUGAUGGUCUCUCUAGAGAUCCAUUAGGUCACAAAGCUGAUUAUUUAAGGGGAUUGAUUAAUGAUCAUGCUGUAGUUGUUAUGGCAGCUUAUGGAAGUUCAAAAGACAUCACUGUUUACAAUAGUAUUGGCCUUAAACCUGAACAGAUCUACAUAGUUGGAAAAGCCAGCAAAAAACAGCAUGCCACAGCACAGGUGUUGACAGAAGGUUAUGCUGCUCACUUGACUUCCCUCUCAGCAUUGGGGAAAUCCCGUCCAGCAAAAGGCAAUCCACAGAUGGUUAUCCCACGUGUGUUCUUUGGCCUGCCUGGUCAGAGCAGUGCCCUGCGGAGAAGACGUUCUGCCAAGCGGACUACGUCUUUUCCCGUCCUGGGAGUUUCAGCAAAUGAGGGAAUUGUUCGUUCUCGGGGAUCCUCCCACUCUCCCAGGCCCAACCACAUGAGUAUGAAAUGAUUUUUAUUUUACCACAGUGCCAAAGAGCAACCACUGAGGCCAAAAUAGUACUAAAUCUGCAAGAGCUAAGGCUACCACUCUAUUUAAUUGUGUGACUAGUCAUUAAAAAUUAAAUUAUAUUAUGCUUAAAUGUUAUUCCAAGAAUGGGAGACUUGUGAAAGGCAUCUUCAUUAGUACUGAUUUUCUUGAACCUUGAUAUAAAGAUGAACAAGUCAGGCCAGAAAAUUGCAAUUCUUGUGUUGGAAAAUAGUUUUGAGUAAUGAUAUCACCUUGGAAUAGAAACAUAAAACAAUGCAAAAUUGUACACAAAACUUGGUACCUGGUAGGGUCACAUGUGUUCACACUUUUGACUGUACUAAACUAACUGAUAUAGUUUUAGGAGUAAUUUCUGUGUAACUACAGCAGCACGUGUCAAAGAAUUCAUUUCCUUGAAUACAAUGACCAAUCAAGAACUUCAUACCAGAGACAAUUUAAAAGUUUUCAUGAAAUGUCAUAUAGUCUUGUCUGGUCACAAAACUUGAAGGCACUGUAUUCAUAUUAGGUGUGACUGGAAGAAGUUAUCAACAUAUAGUACGUACUGUUGGAUUUGUAUCCAAGUGAGUUAUGUAAUUAAAGAGUAAUUGCGCUAUUUUUUACAUUUCCAUAUUAAGAUGAGCCAUGACAAUGCAUUUCAGUCAUACAUAUAAUGUACUGCCUUUUAUUGCAAAAGAGACUAAUGUUGUUUAUAUUCAUUCAGUUGUGCAGACAUUAAACUUUUUGAUAACUAUAUUUGGCUGUAUUAUCAGUGACUAAAGGCAUUUUCUGUGACCAGGUACAUAAGUAGUACUACCUUUGGUAAAGGUCUACCUAAACUGAUAAUAUAGCUAAUGAUUUAGCUCAGGUUGUGUAUUCAUAUUACUGUACAAGUUGGAAUAAUUUCAAGACAGGUUAGUUCUUGUUAACUUUGAAGAAUUUAGCCUGAACUAGUCUGAUUUUGACUGACCUGACCAAACCUAAUCUAAGGGAAGAAAAGAUGAUAUAUAUUGUGACCAAGACCUGUUCUGAUUAGGACUGGUAUGGGUUUGUGGUGCUUUGACUUAAUAGCUCUUUUGAGUAUGCUGCAGCAUCCUGCAGUUUUGUUACUUCAGGGUUAUUCUGUAUUUCCUUGUUUCUUUCAACUGCAUUGUUGUCAUGACUUUAUCAGUAUUGAAUGAAAUAGAUACAGUACACAUAUGUAUAUAUAGAUUACAUAUAUAAAUAAUUGGAACACCUACGUAAAGUGAUAGGGAAAUGCCAGUAUUUCCUCAGAGAGAGAGGCAAAAUAAAUUGUAGUUGAAAAUUAAAUUGAUGUUCCCCUAGAGCUUUUGAGAGUGGAAUUAGCUGGGUUCUAGUGUAUGAUAAUAAUGUUGACUAAAGGUAAUGUAUAAACAGCUUUGUCAUGAACCUUCCUAUAAAUAUCAAGUUCAAGCCUCUUAGUUUCUUUUCUUCCUCUCUUGUACAAGUCAAUUCAUACUGAAACAGUGCAUGCUCUGUGUAUUCUUUUAUAUUUGAUAUAUUGAAGCUUAGCAGCUACUACUGUGUUCAAUGUGGUUACAUGUUUAAAACUCACUGAAAUUUGAAUUGUGAAGGAUUUUCUCACAUACCCUGUGUUCUCUGGUCAUUUAGCUUUUGUUUAGGUUUAUGAGAUUUACUUUUACUAAGUAGAGGCUCUUGUUCUUUGGUUGAUCUGGGUGUCUUCUUGUUACUAAAAUAUCUGAGAAACAGAAAUAUAAAACAAAUUACACAUGUCUAUGGAGAUGGAGAAUAUUUUUUCAUAAGAUUUAGAAAUUAUAAGUCAUCCACCAGUUGGUUUUUCAUUUAAUCUCUCAAUUUUUAUUUCUUAAUGAUUGUUUUGACAGAAGCACCUAGUGUAUGCAAAGCCAUGAAUGUCUUUAUUAGCAUGAGUAAAUUUGUAGUAAACUGUUAACUGUUGAAACUGUCAUUUUCUAAUAUCACUGAUUAUUUUUCCACCAGAAACUAGAAGUACCAGAUUUUUGUUAAAGGUAGAAUUAUUCAUUUGCCAGAGUAUGGUUACACUUGCAAAGAACAGGUUGUGUAUGUGAUAGCAAGUUACAUUCUGUUUUAGAAUUUUUAGAUGAAUAUUGUGAUGCAAACACAUAGGUUUACAAUUAACUUUUACAUUCAAUAUUCAUUGUGGUAUAUAUGCACUCUUCUGUGGAAACUGAUUUAAUUUUGAUGGCCAAAAAUAACGUUAACUUUCUUCCUACUAGUUUCUCACAUAUUUGUGAUAUUCUGGUGUAAUUUGAAGGUAGUGAGAAUUCUAAUUACACUCAAAGGUAGAUAGCAUAAGUCAAAGACAAAUACUGUGAGUGUUACACGCUUCUUAACCAAAUAUUUUCACAAGUAAAUGAGCCAGACAGCAUUUAUCAUUAGUGAACAUAUUCAAAGCUUAUAAACUGGUCUGUUGUACAAGGUCCACAUUUUGUUCUCUAAUGUCAUAUAAACAGUUUGUUUGGCUAUUAGCUUAGCAAGUUGGCAGUGCCUUUUGUGAUGAUGUUUGUUGACUCUGCUCUCUUUCAAGGGUGUAGUAGAUUGCCCUCUACCUUUGAAGUAUGCCAAACUAUCUCAGAAAGGUAUUUCCUUUCACCAGAAUAUUUUUCUUAAUGCUGUGCAAAUAAGUGUGAUAUGUAGAAUAGUACUCUGUAGUAAGGGAGUUUGUGAAGUUUUGCUACUUCUUGGUAUUAUUUCCUAUUGUAUUUAUCUCCUUUGUAAUUAUGAAACUCAUCAAAAGACAGGAGAACAAUCAUAGGUGAAUAAUCCAGGAAAUGGUAUCACUGUAUUAAAAUAGUGAAUAAGAAAAAGUCUCUUGUGCUAAUACAAUAUUUAAAAUCUAAGAAAGCUAUUAUUAUUCCAAAACCAUAUAUACAUUAUCUUGGUUAUCAUAGAAGAGAAUUUUAUGAAACUAGAAGUAAAUAAGGGAGUAAUCGCAGAUUCAUACAUUGCCGUAACUUCCACACAUCUCAUUUGCUCUCAAUUUCAUUCCUAUAUACUCUUCAACAUUUCACUCUUUGGUGUAAUGUUGCAGUCUAGAUUGUGGUCUGACUGUGAUCCUGAGAUUAAUGAGGUCCUUAUGCAAUCUCAAUCUUUUACCUGACUUAGAGCUUUCGUCUUCUAUACAUCAGAAGAAUUUUUCAGUGUAUAGUUGUUAUCUGUGAAAUGUUACUUAAACAUAUAUGUUCAUGCAGUCUGUUGAAAUUUAUUUAUUUAUAAGUUAUAUUGCAUUUUAGUUAAGAACUGUAAUGAUUAUAUUUAUGUUAAUCACUUACAAGAUAUUUAUUGUAACAUUAAACAUCAGUAUUUAUUGUUAUUAGUUAUUAUUAAAGUAUAAUUAUUA